AUGUUUGGAAUCUUCGCAGAUCUGCUCUCCUCCAUCCUCUCGAUCCUCUUCCCCAUCUUCGCUUCCUACAAAGCUCUCCGCUCAUCAGAUCCAUACCAGCUUGCACCAUGGCUGAUGUACUGGGUGGUCCUCUCCGCUGUCUUGAUGGCUGAGUCGUGGACAGUCUUCAUUCUAGGAUGGAUUCCCUUCUACAGCUGGUUCCGGCUCUUCUUCUUCGCAUACCUCGUUCUUCCCCAGACUCAGGGUGCUCGCGUGCUAUACCAAGAUUAUGUUGAUCCCUUUUUGACGCACCAUGAGCGUGAGAUAGAGGAAUUCAUUGGCCGCGCUCAUGAGCGUGCCAGAGUCAUGGGCCUCCAGUACUUCUACCAAGCCAUUGACUGGGUCCGCGAACGUGUUCUGGGACUUCCCCCGCAGCGUCCUCCCACCCCUCCGCCAGCCAGCGCGGCGUCUUACGCCCAGUCGCUUCUGUCGCGGUUCAACCUUCCCUCGGUGGCGGGCGGCGGGCCCUCCUCUUCCGCUCCCACCAAUGACUGGUUCUCCGCCAUUAGCUCCGCGGUUGCCGCCGUCACCUCCCAGGGAAAGAGUCAAGAAGCACGUUCAGAGGAGCUCGCCCAUCAAUUCCUCCCUCGGGAGAUGGCGGACAUGUCCCCUGCGGAGAAGGAAAGGUUCUACUCAAACCAGCAGAGCAUGCUGGACGUUCUGCGAGAUGCGCUCAUGAAUGAGCGGCGUAACAUGAAAGCCGCGGCGGAAGUGGAGGAUGAAGACCUCGCCUACGGCGGCGAGCCUCUCAGGAAGAAUCGCAGUGACAACUCAUUUCACCAUGUCGAGCAUGAGGAUACACGAGAUCGGUCGCCCGGUCGGCGAAGUGGUCAUCGGAACUCUGGCUGGUUUGGUAGCGGGGAUCAAGCCGCAGCAUCUGGAGCUGAAUUCGCGGCGCGGACAGUUGAGGCAAUUGCUCGUGCGAGAGAAGGUCGUUAG